GGAAACUAGAGAUUUUCGUUCCGUGUUGGCAACCUUGUUAAUUGCUUGACAAGAAACAGGUUGACAGGAAUGAGCCGCAAAAUUAAUAAAUUAUUGUUUUUUGCCAAUAUUUCAAACAGCAAUUCAGCGUCCACAGAAUAGAUUUAUUGGAAUAAGUUGAGGCAAUGUCUUGGCCCCAGUGGUCCGCAGCCCCUCAGCCGUCAGUCCCCCCAGUGCUGAACCCAACCACUCCCGUUAUAAAUUCAGCCCCGAGUGUGGUUCCCCCUGGUUUACAAUACACUCCAGAGCAGUGGGCCCAACUGCAACAACAAAACUGGAACCAGUGGGCGCAAUGGCAACAACAGUACCAACAGUGGCACCAACAAUACGGUGCCGAGUACCAGAAAUCGAUAAAUGCUCUUGCUCAAGCAGCCCAAGUACAACAAACGCCAGCGUUGCCGAAUGUGGCAGUGCCGCCUCCUUUACCGGCCGAUAAUCGGCCGCCGCCACCGGUGGACGAGCCGCCGCCUCCGUCCUAUACUUCCGCGCCGCCUCCAAGUCACGGUUACAACACCGCCCCCCCGCUAAAAACAAUGCGCCAGAGUUGGAGCAAUCAGAAUUAUAGAUUUGAACAACAAAAGAGAAAUUAUGAGCAACCUGAUGAUGUUAAUAAGCGACCAAUGGUCAAUAAGCCUGGAUGGCAGCAACCGCGGCCUUCUAAAGACAAUCUCGAGGAGUUGUCUGAAGCGGAGAAAAAAUUCGAUAAACAAUUUGCUGAAUGGGAGGCACAAUUUAAUAAAUGGAAGGAGCAAAAUGCGGAACAUCCCGAUAAAGAGCAGUACCGGGAGUAUGAGAAAAAAUGGGAGAGUUGGAGGGCACAACUCCUGGAAAGGAGGGAGCAAAUGAAGAGGAAGAGAUUGGGAUUGGCUGUGGAUUCGCCCAGUAAAAGUAGACCUGGAUCGGGGCAAAGUUUUAAUUCUCCUCAAGCAAACUUUAACCAACCUCCACCUAAAGUAUUACCUAGUGUUCCUCCAAAAGAAGGGCUGCUUCCGCUUCCUCAACCCUCUUUUAAUAAACCACCACCGACUUUAAACGAUGAGCCUUUGAAAUUUAAGGACUCUAAACCUGUGCCCGAAUUGGACGACUCUGUGUCCAGUUUUUUCAAACCUAACACUGGGGGCGGAAUCCCAGGCUUAGACUUGGUUAAAGAUGAUCCAAAACCUGACAAAAGUGCAACUGAAGAUGUUGUGCUCGUUGAUCCUGAAGAAAAGGAGAGAGAGAAGAAAGGACCUGACUUUGAUGCCAUUUCCAAGGGUAUUAAUACGAUUCUCGGAGACCAAAAACUGCUUAAUAUGUUAUCGUUAGUCUCCCAGACACAAAACCCAAAAAUCAGUGAUAGUUUAACAAACACUGUUUCAUCAAUUAAAGAAGACAGUCAAAAUCCGUUCCAGGAACAGUCAAAUCAAAGUUUCGACGAUCAUUCCAAUCACGGGGAAAGUUACGCACAAAGAGAAUUUGUUAAUUUUGAUGAUCAAACUCGGAGUAGCUUCACGAUGGUUAGCAACGACCAGGAAACGAGAUUCGAUGGACUUGGAAGUUUCGUCGAAAAGAAUCAAAAUCAGUUCCCGAAUCGAUUUGGGAAUUUUAAUCAAGGAAAUCGCUUUGGGAGUUUCGACGAAGGGAAAAGCAAUUUUGGUGCAAGACCCGACGAAAGGUUUCCACCAGGAGGCCCGAAUCAGACUAGAUUUCCACCAAAUCAAGAUCAAAAUAGGUUCGGUUUAAAUCAAGACAAGUUUGCUCCGAAUCAAGAUCAGUUUGGUUCAAAUGUAAAUAGGUUUGGUUCAAAUCAAGAUAAGUUCGCUCCGAAUCAAGACCAGUUUGGUCCAAAUCAAAAUAGGUUUGGUCUAAAUCAAGAUAAAUUUACUCCGAAUCAAGAUAGGUUUGGUCCAAAUCAAGAUAAGUUUGCCCCGAAUCAAGAUCAGUUUGGUCCAAAUCAAAAUAGGUUUGGUCCGAACCAAGAUAAGUUUGGUCCAGGUCAGGACAGGUUUGGUCCGAAUAGGUUUGGCCCUAAUCAAGGCAGAAACGGGCCGAACCAACGGUUUGGGCCUAAUCAGAAUAGGUUUGGUUCUAAUCAGGGCAAGUUUGGUCCGAAUCAGGAUAACUUCGGGCCGAAUCAGGAACAAUUUGGUCCGAAUCAGCAGAGAUUCGGCCCGAACCAAAACAGGUUCGGUCCCAAUCAAAAUAGAUUUGGCCCGGGUCCGAAUCAGGGUAAAUUUGGCCCAAACCAGGAUCAGUUUGGGAGAAAUGAAAGUUUUAAUCGAAACAAUGAUCGGAAUUUUUCAAGAGGUCCGCCCCAGAAAGGACAGUUUAAUUAUAAUAACGAUAAUAACUUCAAUCAGUAUGACAAUGAUCAGGGAUAUAAUGAAGAAGAGUAUGAGGAAAAUUACGAUUACGAUCAAGUGGCGUCUAAUUUUGAGGAAGAAACAAGUCAUUCAAUGGACUGGAAAGAAGAAGAAAAUUAUGAAGAUCAAAACCAACCGCCAGUAGUUGAGCAAGAACCGCCUGAAGCACCGAAAAUAACUGGAAUUUUUCAACCGUCGGAAGUUAUCGAUUAUGAGCAUAAACCUCCCAAACUUGGGGAGCCGGAAGUUCUGAUCGAACCUAUUUACAUGUUUGACUACCGUCACAAACCGUUGAGUCGGAUUCCAAUUCCUCAAAGGCCUAAAUGGCUUGCCGAUGUCGUUAAAAACAUAAGAGAAUUUGAUCCUCCAACUGUUAGGCCUUACGAACCAAACUUGCGAAGGUAUCCUCCACCUGUUGAUCACUGGAGGAAAGAUCGCUACCAAGAAAACUGGUCGCCUCAUAAUAGACGAAGUUACAAUGACGAAAGACGACCAUAUGGUGAUAGAUACGACGAGCCACCAAUGGAGAAAAGGAGAGAAGACCGGAGGAGUUAUCCGGAAGAGAAGAAACAGUUUAAUAGAAUGGAGUUGGAGGAAGAGAAAAUAAGUGAUACGGAGUGGCCAGACGAUGAUUUUGAAGCGGAAAAACCGAUUUUUACGAAAUUUCAAAAACCGGACAAACCUACAAAAAAUGUUGUCUUGAUCGAGGAUUUGAUCAGUCCUCCUGGCAGGUUUAAGCGCCCUCCACGCAUCGUAAUAAUACUGAGAGGUCCUCCAGGGAGUGGCAAAACAUUCCUUGCGAAACUCAUCAAAGAUAAGGAGGUGGAGAAUGGCGGUUCGGCGCCACGUAUUUUAUCCCUUGAUGAUUAUUUUAUGGUCGAACAAGAGAAAGAAGUGACUGAAGAGGGCAAAAAAGUGAAGAUUAAAGAAAUGGUUUACGAGUAUGAGGCCGAGAUGGAGGAGUCCUACCGGACAUCUUUAAUCAAAUCAUUCAAGAAAACCAUAACUGACGGUUACUUCUCGUUUAUUAUUGUGGACAAUGUCAACGACAAAGUGAAAUAUUUCGGUGAAAUGUGGAGUUAUGCGAAACAGUACGGUUUUCAGGUUUACAUUUGUCAGUUAGAUUUGGACGUUCACACUUGUUCCAAACGAAAUAUUCACGGACGAUCUGAGGCUGACAUCGAAAAGUGUGUCUCAAACUGGGAACCCACUCCUCAACAUCACCCCAUUCUCGACGCCACAAGUCUCCUCCAAUCAGCGUCGAUUCCCGAAGUCGAAAUGGAAGAAGUUAACUCACCUGAAAGUGAUCUGAACGAAUGUGACGGGUCGGAGGACCAAGUAGCUAGAAGCAAGUGGGACACUUUCGACUGUUCUGUUGACAAUCUCGCGAAACUCGAUGGCGUCAGCAAACCCUUACGACACCGGACCAUGGAAGAAUACCUCCAAUUGGAUACAGAGUGGACUCCCAUCAAACCCACCAAACCCGGGCAAAAGAGAGUCAGAUGGGCCGAUUUGGAAGAACAGAAACAACAAGAGAAGAUGAGAGCAAUUGGAUUUGUCGUUGGACACACAGACUGGGACCGAAUGAUGGAUCCGACAGGGGGCAGUUCUGCGCUAACUCAAACGAAAUAUAUCGAACGAACGGGACGGUUUAAAGUUGAUCAGAAAUAAAAACACUUUUUUGUCAUUUUUUUUAUUACGAGUGAACAUUUAGUUGUAUACUAAUAAUAAAUUAAAAAUCAUGGUUU